GCGUCACCAGCUUGCCCAAAGUCAAAGUCCCGCCAGCCCUACCAUACAACCCCGUUCUGUAAUUUCGAGGCACACCACUGGGACUCUAUACGCCUUGGAACCUCGCAGUCCUUCCCUUUUUCUAUUCCUCUAUCCCUAGACUCUGCACCAGACUCUGCCCCGCCCUUGUUGCCACUGCGAGCAACCCGGCCACCAAUACCCAUCUCAAGCUUGCAACCACCUCCCAGCCGUCUUACCUCCCGCGCUAAUCCAAAAUGCCGACAGUAUACAGCUCCCAGCAAAAGGCUGCCAUUCAGCAAUUCAUGAACUUCACCCAGCUCGACCGGAACUCAGCCAUAAGGGCGCUGAAGAGCUACGGGUGGGAUGCGCAAAGCGCCGUAAACGCGUACUACAGUGGUGGAAGCGCUCCCCAGGCUUCUCCUGCGGCCAAGUCUGCUCUCAACGCGCUAUUUGACAAGUAUCGAGAGGACGAUGCCCAGGACAAAGAUGUUGUUGGAGUCGAGGGCACCAUGAAAUUCUUCGCGGACAUUGGUGUCAACGCUGAAGAUCUAGACGCGCUAGCUACUUUUGAAAUCAUCCAGGCGCCUACAAUGGGUGAGAUGAGUCGUGAAGGUUUCGUGAAGGGUUGGACAGAGCGCAACUGCGACACUGUUGAUAAACAGAGAAUGUACAUCCAGAGUGUAAAGGAGGAGCUUCCCAAGAACAAAGAGCUCUUCACUCGAGUGUACAAGUUCACAUUUCCUCUUGCCAGGGCACAGGGCCAGAAAGCCGUCGCCCUCGACAGCGCAGUCGUGUUCUGGGAACUUCUAUUUGGAUCGCCAUUGUCAGCAGUGAAGUGGUCGACCGAGAAGACACCGUGGCUAAGCUGGUGGACUGAGUUUGUCAACUCUCAAUGGAAAAAGAGCGUCAACAAGGAUAUGUGGAAUGAGACACUCAAGUUUGCACAGCUCACCCUUGAAGACGAGUCAAUGGGCUUCUGGAGUGAGGAGUCUUCUUGGCCCUCUGUCAUUGACGAGUUUGUCGAAUGGGUCAAGAAGGAGAAACGAGGGGAUACAAAGGAGGAGGUAAUGGAUGAGGAGUACUGAAGCCUCUCUCACGUUGUUCACGUCGGUCCUUCGAUUUGAACUCCUC